CUUUUUAUUUGGUCAUCUGCCAAUCUUAUGGAGAAUGCUGAGGAAAGGGGAGUUUAUGCAUGAUUUCUUCCUGCAGUGGGCAGAGAAAUAUGGACCUGUUGUACGGCUUAAUGCCUUUCACAGAGUCUCAGUAAUGGUUCUGAGUCCUGAAGGAGUGAAGGAGUUCUUGAUGUCACCACAGUACCCAAAGGAUCGCUUUGUGUACGGUCGUAUGUUCAACAUAUUUGGUGAGAGGUUCCUAGGGAAUGGCUUGGUAACUGUUUGCGACCAUGAGCAUUGGCACAAGCAGCGGAAGAUAAUGGAUCCAGCUUUCAGCCGAACCUACCUGAUGGGUCUGAUGGAAACUUUUAAUGAAAAAGCAGAGGAGCUGAUGGAGAAGCUAGAGGAAAAGGCAGAUGGAAAGAAAGAGUUUAGCAUGCUGACGAUGAUGAACCGGGUGACUAUGGAUAUCAUUGCAAAGGUAGCCUUUGGCUUGGAAUUAAAUGCACUGAGUGAUGACCAGACACCUUUCCCGCAUGCUGUGACUAUGGUUUUGUUGGGAAUGACCAAGAUGCGUAUCCCCUUCUUGCGGUACAUGCCAGGGAAACAGAAGCUGGUAAAGGAGGUCCAGGAGAGUGUGAGGCUGCUGCGGCGUGUGGGGAAGGAAUGCCUUGACCAGAGGAGAGAGGCCAUCCAGAGUGGGAAGGAAGACACGCUGGAUAUUCUUACGCAGAUACUGAAAGGAAAUGCUUUGGAGGACACUAGAGAUGAUGAAAAUAUUCUGGAUAACUUUAUCACUUUCUUUGUUGCAGGUCAUGAAACCACUGCCAAUCAGUUGUCAUUUACUGUCAUGGCACUUGCUCAGCAUCCGGAAAUACUGGAAAGGCUUCAGGCUGAAGUGGAUGAUGUUCUUGGUGCUAAGAGAGACCUUGACUAUGAGGACCUUGGCAAACUCACCUACUUAUCGCAGGUGCUGAAGGAAUCGCUGCGGCUGUACCCACCUGCCCCGGGGACGCUGCGCUGGAUAGACAAGGAGCAUGUCAUCAACGGCAUCAGAAUUCCUGCGAAAACAACGCUCUUUUUCAACACUUACAUAAUGGGAAGGAUGGAAAAGUAUUUCAAGGAUCCACUCACUUUCAAUCCAGACCGAUUUAGCAAAGAUGCACCUAAGCCAUAUUACUGCUAUUUUCCAUUCUCUCUGGGACCCCGGUCCUGCAUCGGGCAGGCGUUUGCACAGAUGGAGGUAAAAGUGGUGAUGGCAAAACUCCUGCAGAGGUUUGAAUUUGAGCUGGUACCAGGGCAGAGUUUUAAACUCCUGGAUGCUGGAACCUUGAGGCCACUAGAUGGAGUAAUGUGUAAAUUAAAGCCAAGGAGUGUUGCAGGAAGCUGCCAAGAGUGACUACUCAGUGAGGGAAGCAUGACGUGGUAGUGGUAGCAUUUCUUCUAAUUUUGAAGAUCAUCACACUAAUCAAAGAUUAGAUUUUGCAGGCCCCUUUAGAGGGUUACUAGACUGAAUUUUUUCCUAGCCUUCCUCAUAAUCUACUGAAGAAAAACUUAGGAGAGUCA